AUGCCUGUACCGAAAACUGCUGAACAUUUGAAGAAAAAAAGAAUACCUGGUGUUCUGGGUGUAAUAGACAGCACCCACAUAACAAUCGCAGCUCCAAAAAUCGAAAAAGUGUGCUACUACAACCACAAGCACAAGUUUACAAUUAUCCUGCAAGCUGUCGUCGAUGCGGAUAAAAAAUUCAUUGACAUCAGUUGUGGUGAGCCAGGAUCUCUACACAAUAGUAGAGUUCUCAGGCGUUCUGAGUUAUUCAAAAAGGCUUUGAGCCACACCAACCAACUAUUUCCGGCAAAUACUUUUAUUUUGGUUGAUUCAGCGUAUGCCGCUACAAACUGGCUAGUGCCACCAUAUAAAGACAAUGGCAGAUUAAGUGAACAGCAAAGAACGUAUAAAUAUGUUCAUUCUGCAACCAGAAUUGUUGUAGAACAUGCCUUCGGCUUGUUGAAAGGAAGGUUUAGACGACUUCUUAAGUUCACUAAACAACGAGAUAUUCGUUCGGUCACAAAUCUCGUUGUCAGUGCAUGCAUUCUGCACAAUUUAUGUAUUGCAAUGGGCGACACAUACCGCGACGAAGGAAUUAACCAAGAAGAAGAAACCGACACAAUAUGUAGAUGCAGCUGA